AACUGAGUUAUUUUAAGUGAAAGUAAUAUUUUUCCUGUUAAUCGACCUACCUUUGAGCUAACAUACAUCUAGAUAAUGUAGCCUUUCAAUGUAUUAGGAUGCUUCGGCUAUGGAAGGAGAUUUCUUCAGGAAAAUGAUUGAUUUCAUGGACAAAUAGUCCCACCACCACUUCAAGAAAAAACCCAGAAACCCUCUUCAUUUGUGUAAUCACAAAGACACACUAAAUGUUAAGCAUUGCAACCCCUUUCCCGUCAAUGCUGAUAGAGCAAGUGAGAAUGUGAAAGUUAAGGGAAAUGCUGCUGCAGUAACUUGUAAAAUUUGCAGAAAGGUCAGUCAUCUUCAAAAUAAAUCAAGAGCAAGACAUUUUGAAAAGAAAAGAGAAAGAUAAGUAGCCUUGCUUCAGAGUGAAAUAUGGAUUCUAAGUCUGCUUUUGGUAAGGCAGAUGGUUUAUGUGGCCCUGUUGAUAAGAGUCUAUACUGUGCAUGUUGGUGUUUUAGAUCAAUGUGUCCUCUUAUGUCUGAUCUUGGAGAUAGACCCUCUACACUAGAGUCUAAUUCAGGGAUGGAACUCCUGGACGUGGUCUAUGCAAAACUAGACAAAUUAACCUGAUGUGAAUUGCGAUGCAAAUGGUCUUCUCAUGCCACACAGUCAGUUUCUCUUUGUUUUCUACUUAAAAUAAUACUCCGUUGCUAGUUAUGAGGAACUAUUUUUACUUCCCUGCGCUAACCACAUGCGUGAGGUCUCCAAAUUAUUCUUUAGAACUAAAACCAAGCUGACAUGUAACAUUAACUCACCAGCUGUCAGAGAUCAUGGGAGCCAUUCUAUUUCUACUGAUUGUGGCGCUACUCAAGGACCAAGGAACAAGAGUUACUAGAUGUGCGAAUGGCUUUACUCAACCGAAUUCCAAUCCAGAGUUUCUGAAUUGUAUUGACAUAGAUGAGUGUGUUGAGAACCAACAUUUUUGUGGGGAACGGGGAAUCUGUGUCAAUCAGCUGGGCAGCUACCUGUGCAAGUGUCCCACAGGAUUCAGUAACUACGACAACAGACAAACUCAGUGUGCAGAGCUUAAUUGUGACCGGUAUGAAACACAGCCUGGACAGACUGUACCAGGCUUUGAUAGUUUCUUGUCUCUGUUGAAAAACAACUGUUUGGUGUUGAACAGCUCUACGUCGUCUGGACCGACAAGACCGCUGUCAACUGGAGAUGUGCUUUUGACAUUACUGGUUAAUACCACUGAUGUUGUUCAACUGGGCCUCCAGUCCAAUGGUCACCGUAGUAGCAGUGAAGUGACUAAGUUACUGAGGACGAUUGAAAUCUCAUUCAGACUGAUCGCUCCACUGCUGACAGAGAACGUGACCAGGACAGAGACCAACCACACCGAGGUUGAGAUUAUGGUGAGGAGAGACAAGACUCCACCUAAAGGACCAGUCAGCCUGACCAAUGAGAAUACUCAACUUGACACCACCUGGGAGACGGUGGUUGGAGAUGACCAGAAUUACCUAGGGUUUGCGUAUGUCGUUCUGCUCAGCUAUAGGAAUCUGGAUAGUCUGAAGGACAACACUUCUCAUCAGAGCCAGCAGCUCAUGUCCAGUGCUGCGACGGUGUCCGUUAGCAACUCCAAUACAACAUACCUGCCCCAACAGGUUAAUCUCACCUUCCAUCACCUGCAGUCCAGUGAUGUUGACCCCACCUGUGUUUAUUGGUCGGAUGAGAAUGGACCGGGGGUGUGGUCUGGGAGGGGUUGCACCUUAGUGAUUUCGAACUCCACCCACACUCGGUGCUCCUGCAACCAUCUCAGCACAUUCGCUCUGCUGAAGGGAAUCCAUCAGGGACAGGGAAGCGGGCAGCUAUCGUUGGUGAUGUGGGUGGGUGUUGUUGUGGCACUGACCUGUGUGUUCCUGUCCCUGAUCACCACCCUGUGGUGUCGCUUUGUCAGCCGCAAACGCCGUGGAGGACGCCGGCUGCAACAGGAUGUACAGCUACAUAGAAAAUAAGACAUGGAUUUGAACUAUUUGUGUUCUAAGAAAAGCUUGUAACAUUGUCUCUUGGCUUGCAAGGACAUCCAAAUGCCAGCAUUUAAAUGUUUUUUUAAGUAUUAUAUAAAAAAAAACAAAAAUAUAAGAACACAACUUUAUAUUAAUAGAUAUACAAUAUCUCAUGUAUAGAACUCUUAUUAGUUCUAGACUGUAGCAUAUGAGCUCUUAACUAUAUGUCAAAAUACAUAAGUCAUUUUAUGCUCACGAGUUUUACCUAUAAUUUGUGGCAUGAAUUUUCCUAGAAUAGUGGUAUAUCCACCCAACGCUGCAUUUGUCAAGUAUCAAGCCACUUUGUUGUUGUUGUAACUAUUUUCUGAGAGCUAAUCAAGUGAAAAUAAUAUUUGGCCCUGUCAUUCAAUCAUCUUGCAAUAUUUUGCUCCAAUCUGAUUCAAAUAUCUAAAUACAAUUGGUCCCUUUCUUCAGCAAUAAAGCUAUACCACACU